AGUAAAGGAGGAGGUCUUCUCAGGCAAACUAAACCCGAGUGUCGCCACCCUUCUGCUGCCAACCUACCUCAUCUGCAAAAAGCCUUCCGUAAAUAUAUCAUAACAAAUACAUACCGUAUUCUUUACCCUCCGACUUAUGCGGACUUUUGUUUAAGACUCGGUCUGCGAGCUGCACUGCGGAAAUCUCUCUGAAACAACACGGGACGAUCCUGCUGCUUCAAACCAGAAGUGCAAGCCCCAGGAAUCGGGUUGUGUGUGUUUCCACAGCAGAAGUUUAAUUUGGCGUCUGUGUGGAGCCUGUUUUCAUUCUCAGUUCAACAAUGUAUCAAGUCGUAAGGAAGCGGUUUUUCACGGACUGUCAGUGUGCUGGAGAUGCGUCGAAAACGUACGAUGAUCUGUUCGCCAAGCUGGACACCAACAAGGAUGGGAAGGUGGAUGUGUCCGAGCUGAAAGCAGGCCUGGCCGCUAUGGGCAUCAAGACUGGGAAAGGAGCAGCUCAGAAAAUUGUUUCCUCUGGAGACCAAGACAAGGACGGUCUCGACUUCAACGAGUUCUCCAACUAUCUAAAGGAACACGAGAAGAAGUUACGACUUACCUUCAAAAGCUUGGACAAAAACAAUGACGGUCGAAUUGACUUUUUGGAGAUAAAGCAGUCCCUAGCCGAUCUGGGAAUGGACAUCAGCAAAGAUGAGGCGCAGAAGAUCCUGAACAGUAUUGAUGUGGAUGGCACCAUGACCUUGGACUGGAAUGAAUGGAAGCAUUUCCUGUUUAACACAGCCACCAACCUGCAGGAGAUUAUCCGCUACUGGAAGCACUCCACGGUGCUGGACAUUGGGGACAGCCUCUCCAUCCCAGAUGAGUUCACAGAGGAGGAGAAGACGACCGGCAUGUGGUGGAAGCAGCUGUCAGCGGGGGCCAUGGCCGGAGCCGUGUCCCGCACAGGAACCGCCCCGCUGGACAGGAUGAAGGUGUUCAUGCAGGUGCAUUCUACCAAGAGCAACAAAAUCAGCCUGGUUGGUGGUUUUAAGCAAAUGUUAAAAGAAGGAGGCGUGGCGUCUCUGUGGAGAGGAAACGGUAUCAACGUACUGAAGAUUGCCCCCGAGACGGCCAUUAAGUUUAUGGCCUAUGAGAAGUUCAAGAAGAUGCUGUCCAGUGAACCAGGAAAGGUCAAGACCCAUGAGAGGUUCAUGGCUGGAUCGCUGGCUGGAGCCUCAGCACAGACUGUCAUUUACCCCAUGGAGGUGAUGAAAACCCGCCUGACCCUGAGGAAGACCGGACAGUACACAGGAAUGUUGGACUGUGCCAAGAAGAUCCUGAGGAAGGAGGGAGUGAAGGCCUUUUACAAGGGCUAUGUUCCCAAUCUUAUAGGUAUCAUCCCCUACGCUGGCAUUGAUCUGGCAGUCUACGAGAGCUUGAAGAACUUCUGGUUGGCCCGCUACGCCAAAGAUUCAGCCAACCCCGGCAUCCUGGUGCUGCUCGGCUGCGGGACCUUAUCCAGCACGUGUGGCCAGCUGGCCAGCUACCCCCUGGCUCUGAUCCGCACCAGGAUGCAGGCACAAGCUUCUCUUGAGGGCUCAGAGCAGAUGCCCAUGAACCUGAUGGUGAAGAAGAUUCUGCAAAAGGAAGGCUUCUUUGGACUUUACCGUGGCAUCCUGCCUAAUUUCAUGAAAGUCAUACCAGCAGUCAGCAUCAGCUACGUGGUGUAUGAGCACAUGAAGUCUAGCCUAGGUAUUCAAAAGUAGGCAGCAGAGUAACGUGUGUCUAUGUGUGUCCUUAUAAGUGUAAGAAGAUUUGCAACAUUUUUUUUUAAAUGUCAGAUCCCGUCCAUUUGAACAGAUUAGGGAAUCUUGUCAUGUUAAGAAUGUGUUUACCUGUAGGUCACCAAAGUCUCAAACUGCUGCAAGUGGAGCCGUUGUAGAAGUUUUUAAGUGAUGCUGGACUUUGGCAAAACUGUUAAGCCAUUCAAAAAGAAAACAUAGUUUACAAACUCCUGCAGUCAUUGGUCAUUGGUUUCCCUAAUAUGUUACCGAAAGGCACACUUGCUCAUUUGGGUUAACACUUUUAUUUCUAUCUUUAUCAAAGGUAGUUAAAAAUUGGCGUAUUUCACUUGUUAAGACACUUUAUAUAGUUUCCCAAAAUAGGGUGUGAGUGGGGAGUUUUUUUACUAAGAAUCUGAGGGGAACUUUUGAAGUGCAAUACUGUACACUAGGAUGAUUCACAGGCUCGUAUGUUUGAUAUUGGUAUGUCAUUUUGAGGGAAAUGUUGAGAGGGAAUGUAAUGUGCCUUAAGUGCUUUUUCUCAGAUAUCUGUG